UCAAUAUCAGUUUUCUGCAAAUUGUAAACAUGAAGUUCUUCGUUGUUCUCUUGGCUCUGGCUUUCGCCGCUCCCGCUCUGGGUCGCACCAUGAACCGUUGCUCCCUGGCCCGCGAGAUGGCCAACUUGGGCGUUCCUCGUGACCAGCUGGCUCGCUGGACUUGCAUUGCCGAGCACGAGAGCUCCUACCGCACCGGCGUUGUCGGACCUGAGAACUACAACGGCUCCAACGACUACGGUAUCUUCCAGAUCAACAACUACUACUGGUGCCAGCCUGCCAACGGUCGCUUCUCCUACAACGAGUGCAAACUGAGCUGCAAUGCUCUCUUGACCGAUGACAUCACCAACUCCGUCCGUUGCGCCCAGAAGGUCCUCAGCCAGCAGGGAUGGGCUGCCUGGUCCACCUGGAAGUUCUGCAAUGGUGCUCUCCCCUCCAUCAACGACUGCUUCUAAAGAGAUUUCUUAUAAUUCCUAUUAAAUAUAUACAAUUGAAAAAAGC